GGGGUAUUGAGGACCUAUUCUAACCCGGAUCCCAAGGGAAAUACUGUCUGUUUGAAAACAAACGCAUAACUUAACGUUGCACCAGAGUCAACCCACAUGUACAAGUGUAGGUAUUGUUGAAAUGAAAGUAGUAUGAAAAAGUAUAUGUAGUACUGAAGCAUCUUGUGCAGUGAAAUUUCUUCUCCGUCUAAAAUUUGUGUUUCUCUUUGCAUGUUUAGAGUCAUAUUCAUUCACUAAAAGAAAUAUUCGCUCUGAUGAUUUUUGUAGUAGCAUCCAAUCAUGUUUAGUACAAAAUAAGCUGUGAUCUGUUUUAUUUCUCUAUUUCAGUUUCUGAUAUCAUAAAAAGCCAAUGCAGAGAAAACAAUACCUCGUCUGGUGAUAAUAAAAAUAAAAUAGAAGACGUUCAUAAAGAAGCCCGUUUUAUACCGCAGUGGCAUUCAUGUGCAAAUGAAGAUGAAUGUCCCUUAAACGAUACGGACAAAUGUUCCUUCUACUGUCCUCCUCACUGUGCAUGUCAUAGUCUGUCUUUAAAUUGCUCCUCCGCUCAUAAUUUACCGACACAUGUUACCUCCAUUUCACUACACGGCCUGGUAGGAGAGAGGCUCAUUUUCAAUAGAAGGUUUACCAAUUUGAAAAAGUUACAAAUUACAUCCUGUGAAUCGUGCGUCCUGUAUAUCCAUAAAACUGUGGCAGUAAAUACACUAAUAAUCAAUAACAGCGAAUUCCAAUCCAUUUCCAUCGAUGAUACAAAAAAUGAUUUACGUCAAUUAAGUAUAUUUAAUAGCUACAUUGGAAGCAUGUUCCUUUCACGGAAAUUUGAUCACAGAAUUGAGUGGAAUGUUCAAAACAGCUUACUGAACUCGACAGAAUUUAAGAUUCCCAAGCUUUUGGGAAAUCAUGCGGACAUGUCGCAGACACGGGGUUUUCCAAAUAUUAUUAACCGAUUUGCUCACUUAGUAGUGAACUACAGUUCUUGCAAUUUAACAGAGUUACCAAAUUCUUAUCUAAAAACAAGAACUCUAGAUCUUAGUCGUAAUAAGUUAAAAAGUUGCAAAAUACUUUUUUUCACACAAAUUUUAUACCUUCAGUAUAAUCUUUUUGAAACAGUUAAUUUAUCUAUUGACACUAGGCAAUCGGAGGCCCGCAUACAAUAUCUCGAUCUUUCGUACAAUGAAAUCAAUGUCGUGGGACCUAAUCCUUUUCAUGACCUAACUAAUCUUCUUUAUUUAAAACUUAAUAAAAAUCGUAUCGUUAAUAUUCACCAAGACAGUUUUGCAACACUCUCUGGGCUUUUUCACCUGGAUUUGUCCAAUAAUCAUGUCAAUUAUUUGACUCGUGAUCAUUUCAUCCGUCUCACUAGUUUGCAGUAUCUUAACCUUCAAAACAACAACCUAAAUGUAAUGGAGGGCAUGUUUGAUGGUCUUAUAAGUGUACAGUAUUUAUUGGUGGAUUAUUUCACGUUAUGUUGUGCUCAACCUAAAGCUAAAGGCAAGGUUCAGUGUUUAGCUCCAGUCAACGAAAUUUCCUCUUGUGACCAUUUGAUUGACACGCCAUUUCUUGGUAUUGUCAUUUGGUACAUAGCACUUAUAGCUGUGCUUGGAAACUUCUGUGGGACACUAUAUAGAUACAUUAUGAUGAAGAGGAAAUCAAUUUCAUCAUUUGCACUAUAUUCAAUAAAUAUGGGUGUCGCAGACUUUUUGAUGGGUGUGUAUCUUUACAUCAUAGCAGGCGCUAAUCUAACCUUUAGUGGGCGAUACGGGUUUGCAGAUGAGUGGUGGAGACAUAGUCCAAUUUGUACAUUAGCUGGUGUAAUGGCCACUCUUUCUAGUGAAACAUCUGCUCUGUUUGUACUUUUGAUAACCAUUGAUAGAAUUCACGUCAUACGAUCCCCUUUCUCUAAACUAAAGCAAAAUGGCAGAAUUCCCCAAUUUCUUUCUGGCUUAGUGUGGACAAUUGCUCUCUUGUUAUCAGUGUUGCCUUUACUUGGAGAUGACUAUUUUCAUGGCUAUUAUUCUGGUUCCGGAGUAUGUAUUUCUUUACCUCUCUCAGUACAGCGCAAGUCUGGUUGGGAAUAUUCUAUGAUAGUAUUUGUUGGGGCUAACUUCCUAAUCUUCAUAGCAAUAUUGAUAGGUCAAGUAGUGAUAUUUACCAUUGUUGUAAAUGCUGGGAAAAAACUGCAAGGAGGCCAGUCUACACGAAAUCGAAAUGAAACGUCUUUGGCUAAAAUUCUGAUUGCAGUCGCUGUAACGGAUCUGUUAUGUUGGAUACCAAUAGGUACCAUUGGUCUUCUGACGUUCGUUGGCGUUGACGUCACACCGAAGGUGUAUGCAUGGGUGAUUGUCGUAGUUCUCCCUAUAAACUCGGCAUUGAAUCCACUCAUUUAUACUUUUUCUGCUAUUAUUAAGCAGGUGAAUCAAACUUCACAGGAAUGUCGGAAGAAGAAAAUCAAAGAAGAAUUUACUUUAAAAGAAAAAUCCGAGAUAACAUUUGUCGAGGAUGAAAAUGAAACUGCCUUGCGAAGAACUAUAUAAAGGGAACAAAUACGGCUCCAAGGAAGUUGAUAUACAUGUACUUUACUACUCGAGAGAAUGGUGGCAAAAUGAAUGUAUUCAAACAUUUUUCGCUCUCAAGUGACCCUUUUUAGUCAAAUUUUGUUGUUAUCAUCGCUAAAUUUUCAAGUUCUUCUCUGCAACCACUGGACUACUUUCAAUCAAUCUUGGUACAAAUCAUCCUUGAAUGAAGUUUGUACAAAUCAAGGUCCAUGGCACCUUCAAAGGGGAGCUAAUCAAGAAAAGACAAAAUACAUGAAGGGUUGGAUCGUUUAAAAAAUAUUUUCUCAGAACCACUGGGCCAGAAAAGUUGAAAUCUACAUUAAAGCGCCUGACAUAUUUUAGAUUCAAGUUUCUUCAAAUCAUGCCCCCCGGGGAGUUGGGGUUGGGUGUUGGAUGAAGUUACAAUAAGGACCAAAGUUUUACGUGGAGAUAUAUUGGGAAAAUCUUUAGAAAAACAACGGAAAUAUGAUGAGUCAUAUCUGAUUUUGACUACUGAUUACUCCGUUUAAUUGAUCAAGAUAUAAGGUUCACGGCGGGUGUGGUCGACAGGAAAUGCUUACUCCUCCCAUACACCUGAUUACACCUCUGUUGUGUAUUUGCACAACUCUCUAUUUUUGUAUCCAUUAUAGGAUUUAGAAGAUUGACCACUGUUCCUUUCAUUCACAUUUUAUUAACAUGUUAGGAUUUCCAGGUAGUUCAGACUAAAGUAUGUUCAAAUUGUGGCAGUGAUAGGUAGAGUGAAUAUAUAAUAGGGGAUAAAAGUUUUACAUAGGGAUAAUGUUUAAAACCGUCUUCUCAACAAUAUGCAAGCAUCCACAAGUAGUGCAAAGUAAUCUUUUUCAAAUCAUAACACCCACCCACCCCCGGGUCCACAAUAGGGGAUCAAAGUUUUACUUGGGCAUAUGCAGGGAAACAUCUUUCAAAUAUUCUCAAGAAUAGCAGAGCCAUCAUUAGUCAUAUCAUAAUUCAUUUAUUUGUAUGCCCCUUUGACUAAGGUCGAGGGGUAUUGUUAUCGAUCUGCCUGUCCGAAACGUUAACAUUUUGCAUAACUUUUAAAAGUUGUGUUUGAUAUCUUUCUGAUUGGAUGCAUUAUUCCUUGUCACAAGGCUUUUCGUUUGGUGCCAAUGUUUUUGUCUCUGCAAUCUUGACAUUUGAUCUCCUUUUUGAAAAACCACCCAGGUAAUAUCUCCUCCAUUGUUUAAGGUAGGGAUUUCGUAUUUUGUGUAUAUCAAUUACUUAUGACAAUUCCUUUCUUUUCAUAUUUUGAGUUUUCACCUUAUGAUCUUUUAUCCUGCUUCUGAUAAAGAUAUUGUAAUUUCAUUGGCUGAAACCAAACCUAAACCAUGCUAUGUCUCUUACUAACCUGAUGUUUUCAAUAUGCCCCUUCCACGUGGUUUACUGACCACAUAUGUGUACUAUGACGUCAUGAGAAUAAGUAUACACUGUCACUGGCGUCAACACAUAUUAUGACGACAAAGGUAGAAGAAAACAAGUGAAUUCAUUUUUGAAUUUACAACUUGUAUUAAAAAAAAACCAACUUGUUUUUCUCCCGUUCUUGAUACUUUAAAUGUUGCAGCCAAGUUUACUUUGUUGUACGUUUGAUAAAGUAUCUCAAGAAUGCAUAUAUUGCAGUCAUUUAUUGUGACAGUUGUACAUGUACAUUAGAAAAGCAUGAAGAAUGAAUAAUUUCAAUAUGCCUUUAAUCAAUGUAAAGAUAAAAUCAUUGACAGGUUAGAUUCGUUAUGUAGACACUUAGAGGGUUAAUACGGAAAUAUAUGGGUUCCUUGAUUUCUUUACGGUCCCCAAAUAUUCCCGUAUUACCCCUUUAAGUGUCUACAUAACUAAUAACAGUAUGGUUGUCGUGACCUUUUGGGUUAGCUUAGGGCUACGAUGUGGGGUCAAACUAUUUAUGGGAAGAAAGAUUUUUUAAAAAUAUGUUUAAAAAGCACAACAGCUGAAUAACAGAGUCAAGGUGCCUCAGGUGAAAGAUGUGGUCCACGUGCCUUUUGUUUUCCAUAUUAUUGAGGUUAAAUAAAAUGUCAUAUACGACAUAUAAAGUUAGUCAUUCAUAAAAUACUUUUUGAACAAAUAUAUCAGAUUGGAUAUAUUAAAAUGAAAACAUAUGUCCUUUAUACCAUUCAGUGGUUAUUGGUGUUGUAUCAUGUUAUAGUUACCAAAAUAGCAUGCUUUAUCAGUUCUGUGAGGGAGAUUUAAUUGCUGAUUGUAGUUUUUAUUAAUAAAAGUAUUGUUACAUA